AUCAUUAAGAAGCUCAUAGAAAGGAAACAAGCUCAGAUACGGAAAGUUUAUCCUGGCCUUUCUUGCUUCAAAGAUGGAGUACGGCAGAUUCCUAUAGAAAGCAUUCCUGGAAUUAGAGAGACUGGCUGGAAACCAAGCGGAAAAGAAAGAGGUAAGGAGCCCAAGGAUCCAGAUCAACUUUACAGCACAUUAAAAACCAUCCUGCAGCAGGUGAAGAGCCAUCAAAGCGCUUGGCCCUUCAUGGAACCUGUGAAGAGAACAGAAGCUCCUGGAUAUUAUGAAGUUAUAAGGUUUCCCAUGGAUCUCAAAACAAUGAGUGAGCGACUCAAGAAUAGGUACUACGUGUCUAAGAAAUUAUUCAUGGCAGACUUGCAGCGAGUCUUUACAAAUUGCAGAGAGUACAACCCCCCCGAGAGUGAAUACUACAAAUGUGCCAAUAUACUGGAGAAAUUCUUCUACACAAAAAUUAAAGAAGCUGGAUUAAUUGACAAGUGACACUGUCUCUUUUACAGCCAAUCAGUGUGCCUACUUUGUGGGCAGGGAAAGCUGUUGUAUAUCUGAGUUGUGGGACUUUAAGGUUUCAAGAAACUUCUGUUUAAUACUUAGCACUUUUAAAAAAACCCUUUUAGUUUUGCAAACAUGUAUUAUACGGAACUUACAAAAAUUAUUUUAUUAAAAUGCUUUAUAAUGUAUUUAAUUAUGGAAAAUUUCUUUUGUGUGCCCAUUACAGUAUGUUCAUAGUAUAUCAGCUACAGCCUCAGAAACCCCACAAAACAUGUGGGAGAUUGCACAUGUUUGGGAAUAUGAAGAAAAUUCUCAGACAACAGAUGUUAUAGCUUACCUAAUGUAGUACCUAUUUGAUAAAGUUUUAUUAUUUU